UCCGGACGCGGCUGCCGCCUGGGCCCCGUCCCGCCGUUUGAAAGCCCGCGCGGGGCCGCGCAGGUAUCGCGAGAGCUCCGACCCCCGCCCCGCCCCCCGCGCGGCGGCCGAGGGCGCGAGGAGUAAAAUAUGGCAAAGUGUAAAUUCACUGAACCUGUCUACUAAGGUGCAUAAAGUGUCUUUUCCAUCUGCUGCACCUCCAGUGCUUUGAAGAAUGCGAGACCUAACAGCUCAGGUAACAAGCAGUCUGCUGCAGUUUCCAGAGGUGACUAUUCAAGCACUUGGGGAAGAUGAGAUAACUCUAGAUUCUGUGCUGAGUGGGAAGUUUUCUGGAGGGAGAAAUGGCCUAGCAUGGUUGGCGUGUGGUCCUCAACUUGAGGUAGUGAACUCUAUGACAGGAGAGCGUCUCUCUGCAUACCGUUUCAGUGGAGUAAAUGAACAGCCUCCCACUGUUCGUGUGGUAAAGGAAUUUUCCUGGCAGAAGAGAACUGGGCUUCUGGUUGGGUUGGAAGAAGCAGAGGGAAGUGUCCUCUGUCUGUAUGACCUUGGAAUAUCAAGAGUGGUUAAAGCAGUUGUUCUUCCGGGAAGGGUGACUGCUAUAGAACCAAUAACCAGUCAUGGAGGAGCCAGUGUUAGCACUCGGCACCUUCAUCAGAGUCUGCGGUGGCUCUUUGGAGUGGCGGCAGUGGCUACAGAUGUUGGUCAUCUACUUCUGGUUGACCUUUGUUUGGAUGAUUUAUCUUGCAGUCAGAAUGAAAUAGAAGCAUCAGAUCUAGAAGUUGUCACUAGAAUUCCUGCUGAAGUUCCACAAAGAAGAGAAACUGUGACCAGAGAAGGAAGGCAUCUGUGUUUUCAAUUACAAAAUCCUUCAGGAACAGCAAUAUCAACUGUGUACUACAUAAGCAGAAGCAAUCAGCUUGUUGUGGGUUUUUCAGAUGGCUACCUGUCGCUAUGGAAUAUGAAAACUUUGAAGAGAGAACACCACUCUCAGCUUGAAGGAGGAAGGAUUCCUGUGUAUGCUGUUACUUUUCAAGAGCCUGAGAAUGACCCUCGCAAUUGUUGCUACCUGUGGGCUGUUCAGUCUACACAAGAAAGUGAAGGUGAUGUUGUGAGUUUACAUCUGUUGCAGUUAGCAUUUGGUGACAGAAAGCGCUUGACAUCAGGACAAGUCAUGUAUGAGGGUUUGGAAUACUGUGAUGAAAGAUACAGUUUAGAUCUCACAGGUGGAAUCUUUCCCUUGAGAGGGACGACCAGCAACACCAAAUUACUCAGCUGUCAGACUGUGGAAAAAUUUCGCAACCAUCUUGACAGAGAGGAUAGUGUUAAUGAAGUAAUAUCUCCUGACACCAGUGUAUCAAUCUUCAGUUGGCAAGUGAACACAUAUGGUCAGGGAAAACCAUCUACUUACUUGGGUGUGUUUGACAUUAAUCGCUGGUAUCAUGCUCAAAUGCCAGAUUCACUAAGGCCAGAAGAAUUCCUUCAUGAUUGUCCCUAUUUUGCAUUCUGGUCACUGGAUACUGUAAUAAGCAUGACUUCUCCAAAUGUCAUUUUGGAUAUUCUUGUACAUGAACGGAGUCUAAGUCGAGGAGUUCCUCCUUCUUAUCCACCACCUGAGCAGUUUUUUAAUCCAAGCACCUAUAAUUUUGAUGGUACGUGCUUGCUGAACUCGGGAGUUGUUCAUGUGACUUGCACUGGCUUCCAGAAGGAGACCUUGAAUUUUUUGAAGAAAUCUGGUCCUUCAAUAAGUGAAGCUAUUCAUGAUAGCUACAAUAGGUGUCUUGUAGCUGGUUUGCUGUCUCCAAGACUAGUUGAUGUCCAGCCAUCCAGCCUGAGUCAGGAGGAGCAGUUAGAAGCAGUGUUGUCAGCUGCUGUCCAGACAGGUUCUUUAGAACUUCUGACUGGAUGCAUUAAACAUUGGACAUCUGAAGAGCAGCCAAGUUCUGCUGCUAAUUUACGGUUUGUUCUUGAGUGGACAUGGAACAAAGUGAUCUAUACAAAAGAUGAAUUUGACCAAAUAUGUGUUCCGCUGUUUGAUGGCUCUUGCAACUUCAUUGACCCACAGACACUACAGUCUCUUCAGCACUGCCAGUUGCUUUUGAGCAGCCUUAGCACAGUCUUAAACUGUUUCCUAACAGAAGCACAGGAGCUCACUGAAAAAGGUUUUAGAGACUUGACAAACAAGCAAGUGGUAACCAGCCUCAUUUCUUUGUAUGCACAAGUGGUCAUCUGGUUCUGUCGAGCCAGUCUCCUUCCAGAAGGUUUAGAUGAUGAUAUGUGUUUGUCCAGACCUUUCUACAAUUAUCCUUUGAUUCAGAGCUACUAUACUGGUCAUCGACAGAAACUCGAGCGUUUAUCAAGAGGAAAAUGGGAUUCUGACUGCUUGAUGAUCGAUGGAAUGGUUUCCCAGUUAGGAGACCAAGUUGAGAAAUUGUGGCGGAGAGAUGAAGGAGGAACUGGCAAAUACCCACCUGCUAGUUUACAUGCACUGCUGGAUCUCUAUUUGCUAGAAAACAUUGAAGAAAGCUGCAAACAUGCAAUUACAAUUUACUUGCUGCUAGAUAUCAUGCAUUCCUUUCCAAAUAAAACACAAACUUCGAUUGACUCCUUCCCAACUGCCUUUGCUAUCCCUUGGGGUCUUGUUAAGCUUAUUCAAGGCUUUUGGCUUCUUGAUCACAAUGAUUAUGAAAAUUCGCUGUCCCUGCUCUUUCAUCCAGCUACAAUCAAAACUGUGUCGUGGCAACAUAUGAGGAUUAUUCAAUCCCUCAUGUGCCAAGGAGAGCAUAGGCGAGCGCUCAGAUACAUGCAGAUGAUGAGGCCAUCAGUGUCAAGCAGUAGUGAAGUGCGGCUUUUCCUCACUGUGUUGUUGUCCAAUAGGUGCAUGGUGGAGGCGUGGGGUUUGUUGCAGCAACAUACCACUAAGUUAAACAUAGAAGAGCUGUUAAAGCAUAUGUAUGAAAUCUGUCAGGAGAUGGGACUGAUGGAAGACUUGCUGAAGCUACCUUUCACAGACACUGAACAAGAGUGUUUGGAGAAGUUUUUACAGACCAAUGCUGGUGUUCAGAAUCCUGAAUUUCUUUUAGUCUACCAUCUGCAGCGUGCCAACUAUAUCCCAGCACUACAGCUGAAUCGGUCAAUGAACGUUAAUCUUAUGAACGACCGAGAUCCUCGCUUGAGAGAGCGAGCAGUUGCAAGAAAUUCCAUAUUAGACCAAUAUGGCAAGAUUCUCCCUAGAGUUCAGAGGAAGCUAGCUGAAGAGAGAGCCAGGCCUUACCAUUUGCCUUCUUCAAUCUUAAGAGAAGUAUCAAGACCAAAGCCAUUAUCAACAGUAACAAAACAAGCUAAGGCAGGAAAUUUGCAUACAAGAUCAACUUUCAUCAGUAAUGUACUUUCCAAAAUUGGAGAAGUAUGGUUAGGAAGUGAGCAGAAAAGCAGUGUCUCUCGGUAUAAUAGUCCUAGAGUUACAGAGCCACCAGUCCUACCACGUCCUCUCCCUGAUGCAGAGUUGCGGGAUGCGUUUGUUGGGACGCCAGUUACAAAAUCAGCACAGAAAUGUUCCAGAUUGCUGGAUUUGGUGGUUCGUCCUGUUCCUUCAGAUUCUGCAGCACAGGGUGGUAGCUGGCAGUCACCAUGCAGAGCUUCUACUUCGUUCAUGGCAUUCAGCCCAUUGAAAUCAAAUAUGUAUGGUUCCAACUCAGAAAAUAAUUUUUCAAGAGCACCAGAGUUGAAUUUGCUGCAGACUCCUCUUGUGGUUAAGAGAGCUAAAAUGUUGGCCACAUCUGCUCCUGGUUUUCCUGGGUUUACUCCUCAGUCUAUUCUCAGAUCUAGUCUUCGCACCACACCCCUAGCAACUCCCUCUGCGUCUCCAGGACGAUCAGUUACUCCUCCUCUACGAGCAAAGGAACCUAGAAUAUCUUUCAGGGAAGAUGGCUCUAAAGCAAAAUGGACUGCUGGGAUAACAGAAGAUGGUAAAGCAGUAUCUGGAGCUUCAUCUGAGCAUCAUCAUGGAGUGGUGGAGGACUCCUGGUCUGAAAGCAGAAAUAAAACAACUCUGUUUACUCUGAGCAAUACUGAGGACGCUCAUGCUGAAAUGGAAGAGUCUUCAGAAAGCAUACCUGGAGAUGGUUUGGGGACAGUGGAUGUCAGCAAAGAAAACAGUAACUUCUCUGCCAGGUCAGACCAAACUACUUUGGAGUAUCAUGAUGCAAAGUCACCAGGAGAUUUGGAAGAUGAUGUCAUCUUCAUAGCUGCAAAACCAGCUACCUCUUCCACUGAAAAACCUGAUGAUUUUCACGAAUUGAAGAAGGAAGAAGACAGUGAAAUGGCUGAAGACAAACCUUUCCAGACAGAACAACUAGGUUCAUCAGAACUAGGAAAAGAAGCUGGAUGUGUGGAAGAAUCAAAUGCUGAAUAUCUUAUCCUUCCAGAGGGUGGUCAGUUGGUGUUUAAAGCUGCUGAGGCUGCUACUUCUGGGACUGCAAGUGAAGGCGAAACGAACAACCUGGAGUCCCAAAUGUCCUCAUCGGAAGAAAAACCCUUACCAAGUGCAACAAAUCCACAGCUUUCUGAAUCAGUGGAGGCAGACAGUGAAAAUGUGUUAAGUAUCCGUGACAGUGAGGAUGUGGUCAGUGAUUACUACGAAGAGAAGUGUGUGGAUUUACCUAAAGAAAGUAACCUAGAAGCAGCUGAAGUUGAAGAAGUUACACAGGAAGAAAGGACUGUUUCUAGCAAUCUUUCUAAAACUGAGGAAAUGAAUGUUACUGAAGCUAGUGCAGUCAAAGCACAAACCGCAGAAGUUGCACCCAGAACAUCACCAUGCAGUGAACCCCAGCCAUCAGGCAGUCUUCAAUACUACGAUGCUAUAGAGCAGCAGUUUGCAUGUGAUGUGCCUGAUGCAGGGGAUGGUGAAUGUGAUGCAGCUGAGGGAGACGCAGAGCUUUUUAUAUCUCAGAGUAAUUUUACUUUAGUCUUGGAAGGAGAAGAAGGUGAAGCAGAGGUGGGAGACCCUACAUUAAUAGAAGCUUCUAAAGCAACUGGCCCAACAGAAGAAAAACUUGUGAACAGUUUAGGAAAUACUGCAAAGCAAGAACAUGCUACAAACUCAGUGUCCACUGUCACUAGUGAUCAGGAAUCUCAAAAUGCUGCAGAGUCGCUCCCAUACGUUCCCGAACCCAUUAAGGUGGCAAUUGCUGAGAACUUACUGGAUGUAAUCAAAGACACAAGAAGUAAAGAAUUUACAUCUGAAGUUGUAGAACAAUCUUUUCAUGAAACCAUAGGUAAAAAGGUAACUAGAUUCCAGAAGGCAAAAGCCUUAACAAGUGUGCCAGAAGGAGCGGAAGAGGAAACCAGUAGACAUCAAGUGGAGUAUGCCAUCACUCCUAGAACACGCACAAGAGGGCAACUGAGUAAAAGCAUUCCAUCUGCAGGUGCUCCUGAGCAACUACUGAAGACAGACAGACCAGUUCUGUUUGCACUGUCUCCCAGGAGAAGUACCAGGCGAACAAAAGAGGCAUCUGAGACUUCUAAUCUUCAAACAGAAGAUGUGCAAGAUGAGCAAAUACCUGUGACGCCUGUUACUCCUAGGAGAGGUAGGAAGCCUAAGCAGACUAAUGCAGAAAAAGCAGAAAGCAGCCAUUCUGAUGGACAAACGUUGCCCAUUAGUAUGCAGUCCAUAGCUGUUACUCCAAGAAGAGGAUUAAGGAGGAUAAAGGAAGCUGCAUCAGAGCUCUUGGAAGAGGCUGAUAUGGAAACUUCUUUUGCUGAAGGUGUAAUUGCUUCUGGUACUCCCAAAAGGAUUAGAGGAGGAAAAAAAGGUUCAGCAGGAGAUAAAGAAACUGGCCAGAUUGACACUGAUAAUAAGGUUAAAAAAGUAGCCAGUCCCAGCAGAAGUGCAAGAAAAGUGAAAAACGUUAAUUUACAGUUAACUGAGAAUGUUGUGAAGGAUGAAGAGGUGCAGCCUAGUGACCAAGUCCUUCUACCCGUGCCAACUAAAAGAGGCAGAAGAAAAAAGAUGAGUUCAUCAGAAUUUUCAGAAAAUGUUGAUCUUGAGCAGUCUAAGUUGUCACUUUCUCAAACAGAACUAAAACUUCCUGUCACUCCAAGGAGAAGUGCUAGGAAAGGGGCACAAAAUCUCUUGGCAGACACAGAAGCUCUCUCUACUCAGGAAGAAGUACGUUCAGGUGCAAAAGUAGAAACACUUGGUACUCCUAGGAGAACAAGAAGAGCUCCCCGUGCUAAACCAGAAAGAAUGGACACUCAUGAGCAAACACCUGCACAGCCAAAUGAGGAACCGGCCACACCCAGGACCACAGGAAGGACAGGACGUCGGGGCAGAAAGGGACGAUCGCUAUUAGAGGAGGGCACAAGAGAGGAGGUCCUCCCCCAAGGACCUGAUGGUAGUCCUUUGCUGCUUGAAGACAUGAACCCAUCAGGACACAAUGAAGCAUCAAGAACUUUAACAGAUCGUAUUACAAGAACUCGAUCUCAGAAAACUGCCACGCACCAGAAACUGUCUGCUGAGGAAAACGAAUCCUUCCUUUUCUCUCCUCCUCUCACAAAGCUCACAAAGAAACUUAGAGCUGGAAAAACAGACCACACCGUGCAGCUCAAGGACUUAGACCCGGACUUGUCUUCUCAGUUUGUUUUUUCACCCCCUCUUUUGAGAUCACGGAGGAAAAAUGUAUCUGGCACUUCCGAAAUUGUGAAAGAACCAGACCUUCCAGCUAAAGAAGAGGAUACCAAAUCCAUAGAGUCUGUGGGAAAGGAAAAAGUGAAGAGAGGUAGAACUGCAAAAUCAAAAGUGAAGAAAGCAAGCAAAACCGCAAGAAAAGAAGGUUCUUGGUCACCUCCACCGGUGGAAAUCAAACUAAUCUCUCCCUUUGUAAGUCCAGUGGAUGGAACAAAAAGCAAACAGAAAGAAACAGCAGAAGUGGCAGAGAAGACUCUGCGAAAGAACAAAAAAAGACUGACUAACUUUCCAAAGCCAGUUGUGCGCCGGAAGAUGCUGUAACUGCUUUUUUUUAAGUUUAUAAUCUACACCACUGUUUGUAAAGUCAUCAAAAUUGUGUGGAUUAGUAAAAAAGAUUAAAAAAAAAACAACAAACAAAAACCAAACCUAAUUUGGGAGAGAUAAUUUAUAUAAAUUAUUGUAAAAUUUCAUAAACAAAUGGUCUUCAAUAAGUAGCUCCAUAUGGAGUGUGAUUUCCUCAGUCAAUGCAGUUUUCUAUUUUAUAUUAAGACUUCAUACAUUUAUAUAAUAUGUAAAUACAGCUUAUUUUAGGAAUGUUAAAUAAAAAUGUAUACUUCACAAUAUGCUUACUGUCUUACAGCUUUUUGAGGGAAUAACGGGACGGCCUGUGUCGCUCUGAAAUGUUAAUCUUGGUUGCCGAGGCCAAAAGCUUUUUAAGCUUAGAAAAGUUUGCUUGCAGUUCCCCAAACAAGUUAAGCAUUUAAAAUGUGCUAGUUUUAAGUUUCAUAAAUAAUGGUUGACAUUUCUGGCACAAAUAAUUGGGUCCCGCAAUACAAAGCGGUAGUUCCUUACGGUCACGGUAAAGUUGUACUGUAUCGAAAGCAGAAUGUAAGCAAUUGCAUUUUAAGUUGUGCAAUAUUUUGUUUUUAAUUUGUCUUAAUUUUUUUGGGAAAGCUGCUCUUUAGUUGAUGAAACUAGAUCACACCUCAGAUGUUUCUCUGUUUUUCUUUUUUUUUUUUUACAAUUUGUUGUCAGCGAAAAAUUUACUGCAGAAAGUGCAAUGCUUCCAAUAGCAUAUGAAAUUAAAAGAGAUGUUACCCACAUUACUUUGAAAUCUGAACUAAAAUUAUUUUUCAUAGUUACUAAAAAUGCUACUAUAAAUGAUUCUUGUCUGUAAACAUAUUUUGCAGCAUUUGAAGCCUGCAUAUCACAGCACUGAAAAACCAGAUAGUAAAGCUAACGACGGUCUGGAAAAGGUACACAAAUGUACAGGUAUCUUAGUUGCAAACAAUAUUUUUUUGAGUGAUUAUUUCAUUAAUAAUCUUGGGUUAUGGAGUAAAUGUCCCUGUGAAGCUUCAAUUUAUAAACUCAAAAAACUAUUCUUUUAAAAGCAGUACUAUUUUGAUGUGCAGUCUUUUAGACAAUGGAUUAUUUUUAUGUAUGUUAAUUUAUAUAUGGAUGCAACUGGGAAGACUACAGAAUGGUGGAACCUGACAUUAAACUUUUUAAUUAGUAAAAACUACCAUGGUUACUCUAAGAAAUAAUUUAUUUGUGAACUCUAAUACCUUGUACAUGGUGGAUGAAUGUAUUACUAACAGACUAAACUUGUGAAAGAAGCUUCUAGGGCUGUGAUUUUUCUGUCUCAGAACAGAUCAUUCUAGAGAAACAGUUGCAUGCACCUGGAUAUUUUUCACCUUGAGAGUACUCAUGACUGAAUGAAAGCCUAAAAAUAAAAUGCCAAAUUUUGGACAGUGUGAAAGUGGCAGUUUCAGAGAGACCUUUCAGUCAGGUUAGUAAUUAUUUACUCUGUUUUGUACUUGAACUACACUAUAAAUAUGGGCAAAGAUGAAGGGGUGGGCAAAUUCUAGCAAUAUUUUUUUUAACUCAUAUUGUACAGAAAUGCAGUGGCUAGCUCAGAAAGUGGGGUAAAAGAACUUUCAAAAGUGGAUGUCAGCUCUAAAUGUAUGUUUUGCAUUGUGCAUAUUUAUAAAAGGCUCCAAUUCAUGAUCAAACAGAAUUGACAUGAAAUGCUAGUGAAGAUAGCUUCAUGGUUUUAACAUGCUUCUUAUUUAUACUUGCAGUCUAUUUUUGGUAUGGAAAUAAAUUGGAACAAAUGAAAACACAAUAUUAGCUAAUUUUAUUAAUGAUUUGUAGUAAAUUUUAAGCCCUUGAUUUUAUAACCAGUUCAGCUGAAUUACCUUCAUUUGGUAGUGCUUUGGAGAAAUGAAGAAAGCAAUAGUGGUAACAAGAAAAUCAGCAUGAGAUUUAAUAGCUUCCUAAAGGUUUGUAAUGGUCUAGUAAUUUUUUACUUUAAACAGGUGUUAAUAGAAUUAUCUGUUCAAAUGUUUUUCUCCGUGGUUUUUUCAGUUACUUAGAUUCAGCACAUGGUUCUUGAGUGCUGACCAGUUUCCCUAGGGAGCAGUUUAAAAAGGAAUGUACAUGUAAUAUGCAACAAGGAGUGGGAUUUCAGGAAGUUGAAGGACAUAGAUGGAAACUGAAGGAAAAAACAGACACUUGGAAUUGAGAGCCUGAGAAAAGGAAUAGCAGCUAGCUGAGUGUCAAGAUAGCAACUCAAAGAUGGGUGUAAUGGAGAAAGCCUGAGAAAAGGAAUAGCAGCUAACUGAAUGUCAAGAUAGCAACUCAAAGAUGGGUAUAAUGGAGAGAAUUGUUUCUGCUUGGGUGGGUUUUGUGUAGGCUUGCUAUCAGCAUGUGAAGGAUAGAUUUCAAAAGAUCAUUUCAGCAAGGGUGAGAAAGAUCCAGGACACUGGCAGCAAGGAUAAAUUGCCUUUUAAAAGCUUAAAAUGGCUUAGGGGUGAGUGGCUGAGCAAGCUAGGAGGCUUCACCAAGAAAUGAAGGUGUUUGCACAUGUAUCUGAGAGGGAGAUAAUGUUUAUAGUGCCAGAGAAGGGCAUGAUGGACCUGUGAAAGAAAGGGGCAGUGCAUUGUGGUGGAUGCAUGCAGAAGGCUAUAGAGCAGAAAUCCUCUUGUGAGCAAGGGGAGAAUUUUCCAGGAGCUCCUCAGUAGUUAUUUCAUUACUAAAGUGAGCAAUUCUGGGAAAUUUGCUUGAGAAGUCUGUGGGAUUUCUUUUCUAGUCCUAAAUAAAAGCUGGACAUUUCCUGAAGUGUUUUGAUGCAUCUACUUUCAUUCUAAUGUCAGACUGCUAAUUAAUUGUGCAUCUGUAUUUUGGGAGCUGUAAUGCCACUAGAAGGUUGCCUUAGGAUAGCAGACUCACCUUUCAGAAAGAAUAAAAGUAGGUGUAAUGGCAGUUUUUACUUCCAGGCAAUGUUAAUUAGGGCUGUUGUUACAAUGGAAUCUUGUGAAUAAAAUAAAUGUUUCAAUAGAAGUGGUUCUCUGAGUUACUUCAGAGAGUUAACACAAAUAUUCAUAAGAGUUUGUUCUUCAGGUAGCUAGAAGCCAAGGCUGAUGAAAGUAUUCACUCCAGGUUAUGGCAUGAAGGAGACUUAACAGCAAAUCUGUUUUACUUUUGAUAACUACUUGGUGCUUUCAGCACUGCUUCACGUUGACUUGGUUUAUUUGCCUUAGUGUUUGUAUCUGGCCAGUGUGUAGAUGAGUUUGCAGAUAACUAAGUAGUUUAAUCCCCCAUCAGAACUUCCUCUCAUGGAAGACUACUCUCAGGGUUGUCAGUGCAAUAAGUUUAUUUGCUGCAACUGCGUCAGCUCCCAUGUAACUACAAGGAGAAGCCAAUCCAUAGUUUCUCAUGAUUUGUAACCUAUUGGCCUAGGCCAGUCUAAAAAUACUAUGGACUAAUAGAAUUUCAAAUAAUAAGACAGUAUUUCUUUGUUGUUUUUUUUUUUUGUGUGUGGUGGUUGUUGUACUUAACUGUGCAAAACUUAACAGGUUUCCAUUCCAGGAAUGCAUUUUUCACCAAAGUAGUCAAGAUAAUUAGUCUCUUUGAUAUGCCUGGAGAUAAAUGUACCAUGGCUCCCUUUGAAUUGAAGCUGUUCCUAAAAUAAAAUGCAUUUUCCAAAGCA